AUGUCCUACAAACGCUUCAUUGAACAGUAUGGAGAAAACGUUAAAGCAUUUACGAAUGCUUUAAUAAAUGUCGAAAAUCUUGUUAACAUCAAAAUUGACAAUAAAAAAGUCAUAAUUACAAAUGAUAAACUCUUUAAUGAAUUAAAUAAAGUACCAGGUUCUUCAAUCCUCAAAAAUCUUAUUGGAGAGAUAAAUGAUGGUAUUUUGGGACAGUUGAAUAAAUUAAAUACUGGAAUGAUAAAAAACCACAAUGAAAAGGAUUCGAUUUUAUUCAGCUCGAAUUAUCUGCGUGCCGCAUAUAUAGCAUUAGCUCUAGCGUUGAAUCAAGUUGCAGGAAAAGAUGAUAACGAAAACAGAAAUAAAUUAAUUUUGUUGGAAAUAUCCAACGAGCAAUUAGCAACGAUUAAGUCAAUUAAUUUUGAUUCGAUAAAAAAAUUGUUGAAAGAAAUGUCUAUUAAAUUGUUUGAACAAUAUAAAGUAAAUGAAUCAAACCAAGACAAUGAUUUUGCUAAUGAUUUGGUGAAUGAAAUGAUAAAUUUGAUUAAUGAUGUUGAAUUUAAAUUAAGUGGAGAUUCCAAUAACAAUUUCUCGCCUGAAUUUGUUGAUUUUCGAACAAUACAGCUUUUUGGUAAUGGGGAGAAUAAAAGUUUUGUGGAUCGUUUAAUUGAGAAAAUAUUCAAUUAUUUGAAAAGACCAAUUGAUUGGAUAAGAAAUAAAGCUUCAAACAGUAAAAACAUUGUGUUCUUAAAUGAGUUUAAACAAAUUAAUUCGUUUGUGGUUGUUAUUGAAAAUUUUAUAACGAAGAAAACGCCCAUAGAGAAGCUCUAUUUUAAGCUCAGUAAAAUCAAAAAACAAGGAGAAAAAUUGUCGGAGGAAUUAAGAGUUUUUCUCGGCAAUAUCCUCAAAAAUUGGAACAAUAAAAACAAAUUAAGAGAUGAAUUUUCAGAAUUAUUUCCUUAUUUAAUUGACUUUGGUAAUGCUUUAAAAAUUGAAGAAAAUGAAAAACACACGGAAAAUAAUUUAAUAAAAGAAGAGACCGACAAAGAUACAGGCAAUUUAAACAAAACGCAAAAAAGUGAAAUUAAAAAAUCUGCUGAUAGAAUUAUUAAAUAUAUUAUGACAUUUUUGAGUAAUUUUAAAACAAAGUUGAGUGAAGACUCACGAAAAAAUUAUGAGAGAAUGGAUUUGCCUAUUUUGAAAAAAUAUUUUGGUCGAGAAAUUGAGGUUGAUUGA